AUGACCGAGAUGGACGAUCCGAUCAUAGAACGGCAUGACGCCGACCAGGAGACUAUAAAUCCUAUUAUUGCCAGUCUUCUAGCACUGCAGUUGCAUACCGAUGAAUCCAACAGUGUCGGCGACAUUACCUCUGAUGGACACCCAGCUUCGCAGACAGAUGGGGAAGAAGAGGAUUACCAGGAGAAUCAAAAUGACCACCACUUCCAAGAUGCGGACUUCGAUCUCGAUGGCAAUAUCUUAGAAGGCAGCAACAACAAUACUGAUGAAAUGCAUGAGUGUCUUGCCUGCAAUGAAAUGAUAGAAGCUCAUCUGUUAGCAAACGCACCUUGCAAGCAUAAGUAUUGUUCUGGCUGUCUGAAGCAACUAUUCCGUAACGCCAUAACCGACGAGACACUCUUUCCUCCACACUGCUGCGGCCAGCAGAUUCCCCUAGAAGUUAACCAGCAUUUACUCGGAGAGGAUUUGGUUCGGGAUUUCCGAGAUAAAGUAGUCGAGUUUUCGACACAGAACAGACUGUACUGUCACCAAGCAACCUGCUCCGCCUUUGUCCACCCUGACAUGCACGUCAACGGUGUUGCAACAUGCCGUAAGUGUCAGUCUACGACAUGCACUGCCUGUAGGGGCCCGUCUCAUAAUGGCGACUGUCCCCGCGACGAAGCUCUUCAGGAAGUUCUCCGAUUAGGCCGAGAAAAUGGAUGGCAACAAUGUCCCAACUGCCGAUCGAUGAUUGAACGGGAUACUGGUUGUUACCAGAUAACUUGCCGUUGCGGUGCUCAGUUCUGCUACCUCUGUAGCCGGCCCUGGAAAACAUGCCACUGCACCCAAUGGGAGGAGCCCGAAUUCUAUUUCCGAGGGGGAGCGGUUCAAGACGGAGUCGACAAUGGCCAUAGAGCGGCUAAUGCAAUCGGAGACAUUGAUCCAGAUGAUGAAAGGAGAUUUAUGGAUAUUCUCCGUGGCUCGAUCCUAAUUGAUAAUAGGUCUACACGGGGUCCAUUAUAUAUGAAUGCCUCGUGUGCCGCUUUGUGGUCUGUGAAGGAUGCCGACAUAAUUUCCUCCUAUAAGGAGGGGAACUGGCAAGACACAGACGUGGGAAAGGAGAUAUUGCUGAUCGAUGGACAUAAUCGUAAUGAUUCGGAGAGAUUUUAA